CUGACAUAGACAGCGGCACGGCAAAAGCUAGCGACUGCAGUUAGCCCCAGCAGUAGUGGCAGUAAGUGGCGAGCUUAGGUGUUGGUGACUGUGGCGUACUAUCCUGAUGCUGCUGAUGCCGAUGCAGGCGAUCGUGGUGGGUUCGUUAAGUUGGUUAAAGAUAUUUGAUUGUCGAGAAGGCGGCGACGGCAGCAGCAGCAGCAGCACGGAGUUCGCGGCGUUGUUGUGAGCUUGCAAGCAUCCGAGUUUUGCGCUGUUACUACGCCGUUCGUGGUACGCUGACGGUGGUGUGCGAUUCCGUUUGUGGUUUGCAUCGCCUUGGUCCGUUCGCCCAUUUGGCCGCUCGUCGUGUGAGUAGUCUGCCCCGGCGGUUGACGCAGCGUGUUGGCGUGCGAGGCGAGUCAGCCGCACCAGUUCCAUUCUCGCAUUUUCAUCAUAUUCGCCGUCGUCGUCGUCAACACCGUCACCGUCACCUGCCCGGCGGAAUUUGCAACCCUUGAGAAACAGCAGCAGCAACAGCAGAAAUUGCAGUUGUAGUAGUAGUAGUAGUGGUGAUUUGCAGCAGCGGCAGUAACAAAGAGCGUAUGGUGUGGUAUAAGCGGGAGGCAUUGCAGCUAAUGCAAUCCUGUCGUUUGUACUGUUAACGGUUUGGUAAACACCAAUCAUCGGUUGUGCUAUACAGGCAAAUUGCGACUAGGCAGCAUUCGCUUGUAAUAGAAAUUUGAUUGUUCGUGGUGACCAGCGCAGUUUUCGUCAUUGUGUGAUCGUUUGCUUAACCGGCUGUUUCCGUCACCACCGUUGCCGGACAACCCCAAAACGCCGGUGUGCACUAUACAGCGUCAGUGAGCGAAAUCGAUAAAGAGGCAGGACCAGUAGCAGUAAAUACAUACACAAAAUAUACGUGAAGAGAUGGCCGAACGCGAGGACAACGUCUACAGGGCCAAGCUUGCCGAGCAGGCCGAGCGGUACGACGAGAUGGUCGAGUGCAUGAAGCAGGUGGCUUCACUUGACGUCGAGCUUACCGUUGAGGAGCGCAACCUCCUAUCGGUCGCAUACAAGAAUGUAAUUGGAGCACGCAGAGCCUCGUGGAGAAUCAUUUCUUCAAUCGAGCAAAAGGAAGAAAACAAAGGCGGCGAGACACGUCUUGGCAUGAUCAAGGACUACCGUGUCCAGGUUGAACAGGAGCUGCGGGGCAUCUGUGACGAUAUUCUGGCCGUCCUUGAUAAACAUCUUAUUCCAACAGCUUCUACCGGAGAAAGUAAAGUUUUCUAUUAUAAGAUGAAGGGUGAUUACCAUCGUUAUUUGGCUGAAUUUGCCACGGGCAACGACCGAAAGGACGCAGCAGAGUGCUCAUUGGCGGCUUACAAGUCAGCCUCAGAUAUUGCCACAUCAGAGCUACCUCCAACCCAUCCGAUUCGUUUAGGUCUUGCGCUGAACUUUUCCGUAUUUUAUUACGAGAUCAUGAACUCGCCGGACCGUGCCUGCCGAUUGGCCAAGGCCGCAUUCGAUGAUGCCAUCGCUGAGCUGGACACCCUAUCUGAAGAAUCGUACAAAGACUCGACGCUCAUUAUGCAGCUCCUGCGAGACAACCUUACGUUAUGGACGUCUGACAUGCAGCAUGAAUCUGGCGAAGGCGCAGAGGGUACAAAGGACGAAUCAAGUGAAGAAAAAAAGGAGGAAGCUUCAUAAUUGAAGCACUUUGUGAGGGACAGUAUCUAUCCAUUAUAAUAAUCAUACGACACAAAAUGAUGAAGAUAAAGGAAGAUAUACAGUGACGACAGCAACAACAACAAUUAAAGCAAUGGCAACAACAAAACUGGAAACAACAAGCAACAAUAUAUAUCCAUAUACCUACGUAACACACAAGAAUAUAAGAAUAAUGAAGAAAGCGAUAGUAUAACUACACCAAGAGCAACAACAGAAGUCUAUAUAUAUGAUAUAGAUAUAAAUAUAAAUGUAAGCAAAAAAUAUACUAGAAAGAGAGAAAGGGAAAAGCAAAGAACAGAACAAACGAUGGGCUCGCUUACGACACAACCAUAAUAAGAGCAGCCGCAUCAACAACACCAAACAUAAAACAAACGGUAUAACGCAACAGCUUCAUGAAGGAAAUGUAAUCUUAGAAGCGGGAAGAUGAGUCGUAUAGAACUAGGCGAAAAUAAGAAAUAAUGUCAAGAUCGGGAGGAUGUUACAAUAUCGCGAUUCAAGGUCGCCAAAACCUCAUAAAUAUUGCUUCGGUCAUCGAUAGAACCGCUCAUCCAGAAGAUCAACAGUGACAACGGAAGAACGGUUUAAGCCGAUAAUUGUUUCUUGUAAACAAGAACGCCCCCGGAAAAGCUAGCUUCUCCAGAAUCAGCAACUAAUGAAGGUCUGUGUGGCUUUCGCUACCUAGGCUCGGAACACGUUGGGUUUAUCUCUGAAGAACUACACCGAAUUGACAUUAUUUAAUUGAGACUAAAAGUUGGAGCGCCUAUCGCCACUGCAAAUAACAGUCGCUGUGUAAGAACGACGUAUGCGUCAACUAACUACCUAAUAAUGGUGAUUUUGUGGCCUACUUCUACAGCUAAUCUAAUCUUACCUACUUCUGCUAAUACUACUGUUACUAGUAUUAUUGACUGACUUGAUAGUGACAACACUUGAUAAACUCUGAUUAAUUAUUGAUGACCAUUUAUACAAUACAUGAUGAAUAUUCUAUAAUAUAUGCGACCGACGACUGUUCCACUCAAAAACCGCCAACCAUCUCCAUGAGCAGCCAUAAAUGUUCCACGUACCUACCACCGAUUUUUCACCGAACCUACAACAAAAACGUUUAGGGAUUCUAUAAUAAUAAAAGUAUGCUAAUAAUGAUAUUAUAAUGAGGA